GCGGGGCCACUAAUGCUUUUGUUGGGAUGAGUACGACUUGGGGAACAGUUUAAAUAUCUUGUAUGUGACACCAGCCGAUCAUGUACAGUCGUUGACACGAAUAUCAAUCAUGUCAAGGAUAGGGGAUAUUAUUCAUUUGAAUGUCGGUGGGAAGAGGUUCAGUACUUCAAAGCAGACGCUGACAUGGGUUCCCGACUCCUUUUUCUCAAGUCUCCUAAGUGGACGGAUAUCAACUUUGAAAGACGAAACUGGAGCGAUAUUCAUAGACCGGGACCCCUCACUUUUUGCUCCGAUUCUCAACUUCCUCCGAACCAAAGAGCUGCACCCCAGGUCUGUGGAUGUGCAUUUACUAAUGCAUGAAGCGGAGUUCUAUGGAAUCACUCCCCUUGUGCGUAAGCUGCAGCUGUGCGAUGAGCUGGAUCGGUCCUCGUGUGGGACUGUACUCUUCAAUGGCUACCUUCCUCCUCCAGUGUAUCCUGUGAAGAGGCGUAACCGGCACAGUGUGGCAGGCCCUCAGUUCAUGGGCGGCCGAUCGGGCCCAGUGGAGAGGGCACCCGUCCGCCGGAGUAACACCAUGCCACCCAACCUGGGCAACGCUGGCAUCCUGGGCAGAGCUGCCAUGGAGGAGAGGGUGAUAGGCUCUGGUUCAGCGAUGGAUGCAGGGAUGGUGCGUAUCGUCUGUGGGCAUCACAACUGGAUUGCCGUGGCGUACGCCCAGUUCGUCGUCUGUUACAGGAUGAAGGAAUCAUCAGGUUGGCAGCAGGUGUUCACUAGCCCGCGGCUGGACUGGGUGAUCGACCGCGUGGCCCUCAACGCCAAGGUGAUGGGAGGCUCGAUAGGCGACAACGACAAGAUGGUAGCUGUGGCCGCGGGGACCGAGAUCAUCCUGUGGGCCAUCUGCCCUGACGGCAACGGCAACGAGAUAGGUGUGUUCAGCUUGAACGUGCCCGUGGAGGCACUCUUCUUCGUGGGUAACCAGCUCAUCGCCACCAGCCACACGGGAAAAGUGGGCGUCUGGAAUGCUGUUACCAAGCACUGGCAGAAUCAGGACGUGGUUCCCAUCAACAGCUACGACACGGCCGGGUCCUUCCUCAUCCUGGGCUGCAACAACGGCUCCAUCUACUACAUCGACGUGCAGAAGUUCCCUCUGCGGAUGAAGGAUAACGACCUGCUGGUGACGGAGCUGUACCGAGACCCCAGCGAAGACGCCAUCACUGCCCUCAGCGUGUACCUCACGCCCAAAACAAGCAUCAUGAAAUGUGACAGCGGUAACUGGAUUGAGAUUGCGUACGGCACCAGCUCCGGGACGGUGCGCGUGAUCGUGCAGCACCCUGAGACGGUGGGCUCGGGCCCGCAGCUCUUCCAGACCUUCUCCGUCCACCGCAGCCCCGUCACCAAGAUCAUGCUGUCCGAGAAGCACCUCAUAUCAGUGUGUGCGGACAACAACCACGUGCGCACCUGGACAGUGACGCGUUUCCGCGGGAUGAUCUCCACACAGCCGGGCUCCACGCCACUCUCCUCCUUCAAGAUCCUCUCGCUGGACGACAUCGACGGCCACGCUGGCUGUGGUGCCGGCACAGAGAUCGGGCCGUACGGGGAGAGAGACGACCAGCAGGUGUUCAUCCAGAGAGUGGUGCCCGACACCGACAAGCUCUACGUCCGACUCUCGUCCAACGGGAAGAGGGUGUGCGAGGUGCGCUCGGUGGACGGCACGUCCAUCACGGCCUUCAUGGUGCACGAGUGCGAGGGCUCCAGCCGCAUCGGCUCGCGGCCCCGCCGCUACCUCUUCAGUGGCCACGGCAACGGCAGCAUCCAGAUGUGGGACUUGACCACCGCCAUGGAGAUCGCCGGGAAGGUCGACAUCAAAGCGCUGGGCGGGCCUACGGAGGAGGAGCUGCUGGAACUGCUGGAUCAGUGUGACCUGGCGUUGACCCGGACGCCGGACAUGAGUCCAGCCGCCUCACUCACACACUCCAGCACACCACGCACAUCCACCUGCAGCCUGGUGUCCCAGUCCAGUGAGCGCGGUGUGGUCCUCCGCGGUGCUGCCGUGGCCGGUCUGACGGGCAGCCUCCCGCGCCAGGCGCCCCUGGUGCCCUUCUCCCGCCCCUCCCCGGGGGCAGAUGCAGGCCCUGGGCGUGAGCCAGGCGUCGCUGAGCGGCAGCAGCGUGGGCGGGGGCAGCCCCCUCCCCUCCCGCGGCCCCCCCGAGGCCCUGCGGCGCGGCAGCUUCGCCGAGCGCUGCCAGGAGAGGGCCAAGGGCGCCGAGGGCAUGGGCAUGGGCCAGGGAUGGGCGCGGGCGUGGACCCGGCGGGCGCCGGGAGGCGCAGUCUGGCCGUGUCCAGCGAGCUGGAGGCGCGUCUGGGGCUCCGCUCGCCGCCCGUCUUCCCCUCUUCGUCCCCCUCCCAUCCUCCUCAUCCUCACCCCCACUCGCACCCCUCGUCUCCGUCUCAGGCUGCCCUGGCGGCAGCUGCAGCGGCGGGGCCUUCGUCGUCCUCAUCGUCCUCCUCCUCCUCCUCCAUGAGGAGGUCUCCGUCGGGCGUGUUGUCUGGAGCGGGCGCAGUAGCGGGCGCAGGAGCGGGCGUGGGCCCGGCCCUCAGCCCGACGCGCUCCCAGACGCCCGUCUCUCCCCCGCGCCGACCCUCCGCCACUCCCGCCAGCCCCAGUGCUGAGCCCACGCCCCCUGACGGCACCAGCCCCGCCUCCGACAGUCUAGCGUCGCCCCCGGCACCCAGCCCCAAACCACACAUGAAUGAGACAAGCUUUUGAUUUGGGUGUGUGUGUGUGUGUGUGCGUGUGUGUGCGUGUGUGUGUGUGUGUGUGCGUGUGUGUGUGUGUGUGCGUGUGUGUGUGUGUGUGUGCGUGUGUGCGCGCAUUUUUGCAAACAAAUAUGUAGCUAAAGUAAAUCUUUUAAGAUUACAGGAUCUUUUUUAAUGACUGCAAUCUCUAAAUGUCUUCCAUGAAGUCUUUGCAGUUGUGUCAAGGGCUUCCCAACCAUAGCUUUACCAUGGGGGCACGGGUUGGCGUUUUAUGAGUUACUGUUUCUAUUAUAUAUUGGUUUUGUUUAGUUUUUUUCCUAACGUAUGACGUAUGAAUUGAACCACAUUGAGUCCGAUAUUUUAUACGAUUAAUUCGCUCGCUCUGUCUCUUCGGGCCUCAGUGUUGCACUGUUGAGCUCCAGACGUAGCGUAAGCAUUCCUCCCUCUCGACUCCAUAUCCAUGAGAAGCCAUGUGCUUGCACAAAGAGAAACCGAAAGAAAUUCAUUCCACGGCUUCAGAUGGGGUGUGGGGCUCGGGUCAAACAGAAGCAGGUGGACUUUUAAGCCGAGGGUUACCGUUGUCAGUGGCGCUCUCAGAACCGGGACGAUUGGGCCCGGGGGCAUCAGGGAUCUUCUCGUACCCUGUAGUACCAGAGUCCAGAACCUUGGGCCCAGAUUGGAGUUGACCACAGAAGUGGCUUAUGCCCCUUUGAAACCCAGUUCCAGAGUGGGUGGGACAUAUCAGUGUUGAGCGGGAACAGUCUCACACGAUUGGACCAGAACUUAACUGUCAAUCCAGACUUCCAGGUUGACGAGUUUUGCUUUGGCCAUUUUGUGAUAUUCUAUUCACUACAGGAAGCUCAGUUAGAUUUGAUUGUAAGUGUGCCCUGCUUGGCUAUGCUAACAUACAAUAAUAUGAUCAUAUUCUUUUGGUUCUUCCUCCGCAGAACAGAAACCACUCAUUGGCUGUGUAUGUCCAGACAGUUUUGCCCUCUUGAGAGCACGGCCAGGGUCCAUAUUUACUCCUUCAUACUGUAUGUCCAAGCUAGACACCAUAGCUAUGGAUUAGGAGGCACAACAGGGCCAUUUCAAGUGUGUGUGUGUGUGUGUGUGUGUGUGUGUGUGUGUGUGUGUGUGUGUGUGUGUGUGUGUGUGUGUGUGUGUGUGUGUGUGUGUGUGUGUGUGUGUGUGUGUGUGUGUGUGUGUGUGUGUGGGGGGGGGGGG